AUACUGAAACGCAUUCAGAAACUAUCAUGGCUGUCGAGACGCAAACUAUGCCAGGGCUGAACGGGCAUGCCUACAAUGGCGAUGUCGAAAUGCACGACGGUGUAAAAGAGCCCAGAUUUACAAGUGGGCUUAUUCUACCACCGCCCGAGAUUAAAUCGGUCAUUGAUAGAACUGCCCUAUUCGUUGCUCGCUCUGCCAACCCACCGCAGUUCGAGGACAAGAUCCGCGAGAAUCAGCGUCAGGAUCCAAAAUUCUCGUUCCUCAACCCUGCGGACCCUUACCAUGCUUACUACAGGCAUCGCAUGGACAGAAUAUCUCAGGGAGAAGUGAUAGAGGAAGGCACGCUAGAUAAAGAAAAACCAGAAGGUGUUGAGCAAGUACCAAUUGUUCAGGAAGAUAUUGGACUGGAGCCACCGCAACCUCAGUUUGUCAUGGAUCUCCCUAACAUUAGCACGAUAGACUUGGACAUCAUGAAGUUGACGGCUUUGUUCACUGCUCGGAGAGGCCGCGCCUUUCUCGCCAAUCUAUCGCAGCGUGAAGGGCGCAACUACCAGUUUGACUUUUUGAGACCGACGCACUCGCUCUUCGGUUAUUUUAACCGGCUAGUGGAACAAUACACCAGAGUUUUGCACCCAAGUAAAGAGAUGCUGCAAGAUUUGGAAGAGCGUGCGCAACAGGGCGCCCGUUGGAAGACUCUGGAGCAAGCGAAAAAAUAUGCUCGCUGGGAGCGCGUUAAGCGGGAGCAGGACAAGAAGAGAUAUGAUGACCAGGAAGCUGAAAGGAUUGCUUUUGCGGAAAUUGACUGGCAUGAUUAUGCCAUUGUACAAACAAUAGAAUUUACAAUGGCAGAUGCUAAUUCUGAACUUCCACCUCCCAUGAGCGUACAAGAAGUCGAGAAUAUGACACUGGCUCAAAAGAGAAUGGCUGCCAUGAUCAUGGAAAAUACAGCCGAAGAUAUCGAGGCACACAGAGCUCGCCAGGCUGCCGCAGAAGCGGAAGCUGCUGCUGCAGUUGGCGGGGUCGGCAUUGGUAUGGAAGAUGACGGUGAUGCUGCGAUGGAAGAAAGUGACGACGAAGACCAAGACGUACAAGAGAGAAAGAGACGUGAGGAAGAAGAGAGGUCCAGAGAAUUGGAGCGUGCUAAGGCUAUUCAAGCCAGUGCCAACGCAGUCGGGCCAAUGAAAAUCAGGACUGACUAUGUCCCCAAACUCGGAGCAAAAAAGAACGCUACUUUCACAACAUGUACGAUUUGUGGUCAACAAAUUGCUGUGGACGAGUUGGACGAGCACAUGCGUAUUGAGCUACUUGAUCCCAGAUGGAAGUCGCAACGUGAUGUCUUGGAAGCUCGCAAAGCUCAAGCAUCUGAGCUACUGCGUGGUGCAAAUGUGGUUUCUUCACUAAAAAAUCUUGCCCGUACUCGUGUGGAUAUCUUUGGUGCUGAGGCAGAUGAAGAACGACGCAAGAAGGAAGAGGAAGAAGAGAGAGAGAAACGGAAAGAAAGGGAGAAAGUUGUUUGGGACGGCCAUACCGCUUCAAAAGCGAACACUUUGGACAAGUACUCGACAAAUGUGAACUUCGACGAACAGAUUGCCGCUAUCCAUCGGGCGAAAGGUCUUGGCCCACAAGAUGCCAACGCCAUUGGACCUGGCAUUGGACCUGCUGCUGCUCCUCCGCCCGCGAUGACUGGUCUUCCCCCAGCGCCGUCGUCGCUUCCUGCACCGCCAAUCCAAGGAGGGUCUGGUACGUCAAAUAAUCCAGCAUACUCAGCUGCCACUAUUUCAUCGGGCCCACAACCUGCAUCUAUAUAUCCCAAUCAACCACCACCAGUAAUGCUUCCACCACUCCACUAUCAGGGUCUUGACGCAGCACAACCAUUCGGGUACCAGCCCCCUCCUCCAGGCAUGCACCCGGCUAGAAUUGCGGCGAUGGCAGCAGGUGGGGCUAUGCAGACACCUCCGCACACUGGAGUCGUGCGGUCUGCGGAUGAGAUGGAAGGUAUAAUUGGUGAAGGUCAGCCUCCUCCCAAAAGGCAGAAGGUAGCUAAGCUGCCGGGAGGUGCGGUAUAUCCGGAGGCUGAUUGGAUCAGCAUGCAUCCUUACACCAUCUCGUUAUUUGUACAGCUUCCUAAUGACCCGUCCAAACCUGAGUGGAAACUUGAUGGCACCACUGUUACGAUCCCUGAUCUACCACUGAACCUUCUGGUCGCCACUCUGCGGGAUCGUAUCAUACAGGUCACCCAAACCGGUUUGCCUGCCUCGAGAAUUAGGUUAUCUUACGCUGGCAAAAUGCUCACUAAUGCCAACUCGAUAGCCAGCUACAAUCUGGAGGACGAAGAUGCUCUUGUGCUUAGUGUCAGCACCCAAAAGAAGAGGUAAUGUUGAUAUCAAUAUUGUAUAUAAUUCGUGUAUGUCUAUGAAAUGUGCGAGCAACAACCAAUGUCCGUUACUUGAGCAACAAUGUCCUGAAAAUACAUCAGCGUUACAUGAAGUGUGCAUUCUUGUACAAUCCGAACUCCUUCAUACUGCGGUUUGCCCUAAGUGAGAUUUAAGAUAAUGAAAAGUUAUACACUUCAGAAAUUGGUAAAGAAAAGUGGUGUCUUUAAGUGUCUUUGACAUGACGAAUGCAGCAAGAAAUGCGAUGUUUAUACACUUCAGAGAUUGGUAAAGGAAAAGUGGGUGUCUUUAAGCGUGUUUGACAUGACGGAUGCAACAAGAGAUGCGAUGUUAUAGGAUGCGUGCUGAGCGUGGAGGUGUGUGAGUAUUUGUGGGUGUCCAGGGGACAACAGGAGGCGAUGGCGGAACGUGAAGAACAGCUGAAAACUGAUUCAAGCUGUGAGACAUGGAUAUGGACAUGGACCGUGUCUCCUGCCAAUCCUUGCGAAGCUCGUGUGCCAGUGGUACUCGACUGUCCACAAGGUGCAGCACUGUAUUUCUUCGUGAUGAAUCCCAGGUGAGUGGAACGGUAUCUCUGAGCCAUUCCUCAUCUUCUCGCGAUGGGGUCUGCGGUACGGUUUUCUUCUGGAAGAUGCUUUGUGGCGAGAGAAGGUGUGGCGACUGAAUGAGUGAUGGAGGGAUGCGGGUUUCCCGCUCUAAGUCUCGCCUGGGACGGUGAAAAGAUGAUGUUCUGGUAUGCCGUGAACCAGUCGCCGUGGGCUUGCCGCAGGACGCUGACAUGUCGCGAAUACUGCAAGUCUUGAAAUAAGAGGGAAAGAGGGAAUGGCAAUGGGGGUAAAGGACACGAUGGU